AUGGAAUGCCUUGAAUCAAACAUAUCGGAGGCUGUUGUCUCUUCGUCCAACUCCGGAAUGACGGUGUUACAGUAUUUGCUGCAAAAUGAAUUCAGUACAUCAACUGGACCAGGUGAUCAAUCUACAUGCAGUAAACAAUCCACCUUCACGGGCCAUUCGGUGAAAGUAUAUCCCUGCACCUAUCCUGGCUGCAAAAAACAAUACCUCAACGAACAGUACUUGAGGGCGCACAAGAAGUACCACAGCGAAAGUGUUCCAUGCCAUCGAAAACAUACAUUGAUUCAAAAUGGUGGGAAAUCUGGUAACACUGAGCGUCCCAGCGAAGGCAGUGAUUUACGAUUUCUGCUGCAAAACCAACAGAUGGAGUUGGUGUAUCAAAUAAAAAAGGAAGAACUCGAUAUAGCGUCGGAUUCGAACGAUGACUUAGAGUUAGAUUUUGAAGAUAAAGAGCCUCAAAGAAACGAUAGCGGAUAUCGUGCUGAUGAAAACCAAAUAAUUCUGGAAUUUAUCGAGCAAUCGGAUUUUGAAGAUGAAGAGACCCAAAGCGAUGUUAGCAGAUCCUGUACUGAUGAAAACGAUGUAACUUUAGAAUUUAACGAGCAAUCGGAUUUUGAAGAGGAAAAGCCCCAAGUAAAUAAUAACAGAUCCAUUGUUGAUGAAGACGAAACGACUACAGACUAUGUCGAGCAUUUCGUUGGUAUAAAAACUGAAUCAAAACAAGCUUCGCAAAAAGAGGAUAACAUCCAUCCGCCCAUUCGCUCUGAAUAUGUUAAGCAAGCUUCGCAACAAGAGGAGGAAAAUCAUUCUUCAGUUUGCCAUGAUUAUGAUAAGCAAGAUUCCCAAGACGAGGAUAAGAUCCAUUGGCCUGUUCGCAAUGAUUCUGAUAAUGAACAGAGUGACCAAAAGGAAGCGAAACAACUGACGUACUCCUCAAGAGAACGCAAAUACACUUGUUCGUGGCCGGGCUGUAGUAAAUCUUACACCAAAUCGUCCCAUCUUAGGGUGCACGAGCGAACGCAUACGGGUGAGCUGCCGUUCAAGUGCAGCUGGCCGGGUUGCAAACUUCGUUUUGCUCGUGCUGAAACUCUGAACCGCCAUUCUGUUACGCACUCCAGCAAUCGUAACCAUAGCUGCCGAUGGUGCGAAAAACGGUUCUCUAGGCGGGAUCAUCUGCUGUCGCACGUUCAAACACAUGAUCUACCAGACAGCGAAUAUCACCAUCUAUUUCCCGGGGCUAAAAAACGAACCAGGAAGUCGUCAUUGUCUAAAGACGUCCCGGAACAAUCACCAAAGGAACCGAAACAGACGAAGCGUAAUCAUUCAUGCUCAUACGAAGGAUGUGAUAAAUCCUACAUGCGUCGCAGCCACUUGAAAGCACACGAGGUGCUUCAUACCGACAAACGGCCUUUUAAAUGCCCUUGGGAUGACUGUGGAGCUGUCUUCGCACAAUCAUUCGAGCUAUCGCGGCACCGCCGGAUGCACUCGGGCGAACGGAAGUUCGUGUGCCACAUCUGCGAGCAGACAUUCAUUCGCAGCGACAACCUUUCCAGCCACGUGAAGCGACAUACAUUUCGAACGAACCAUUCCGGCUCAGUUCACUCGUUCACUGAUAUGCGCCGCGAUAAGACGAAACAAAUGAACAAUGUCAAGCGUAGCUGGUACAGCGCGCUCGUUUCUUGCGUGGGGGUCAACGUUGUCGUGUUUUCCACGUAG